UAAUUGCAUUAAAUUGUAUUUAAGUUUAUGAGGCUAAUCCUACAUGUUAGUUUUAUAAUUCUUUUAUCAACAGAAAAGCCACAAAAACUGACAACUUCAUGAACAAGUUUCAGACCAUGGCAAUGUGAUGACACUUAGGAGCAUUUAAAUAAAGAAAUAUAAAAGUCUGUCAUUUGCUGUUUCUUUAGGUAGUAUCGAAUACGGAGCCGGCGGUUCAUGUGAGAGGCCAGGAGCCCCUUACUGCCUCCAUGCUGGCGGCUGCACCAUUAAAAGAGCAGAAACAACUCCUGGGCGAGCGGCUGUAUCCACUUAUCCAGGCCUUGCAUCCGAAUCUUGCGGGAAAGAUCACAGGCAUGCUGUUGGAGAUCGACAACUCUGAACUACUGCACAUGCUCGAGUCUCCAGAGUCCCUGCACUCCAAGGUUGAAGAGGCUGUAGCCGUGCUUCAGGCUCAUCAAGCCAAAGAACUGUCUGCAAAAUAAGAGAGCUCUGUAAGACCGGCAUGCACACUGAAUGUCUGUGAGUUGUUCUAGAGAACGGGGAAAAGAAAACAGCAUUUCAGAGUCAUACUAUUAAUGCAUGGUUCACACACUACAAAUGUCCUCUUGCUGUCCACAGUGUUAAGUUUGUUCUGAUUUUGUUUAUUAAAAGUUAAAAAAAAAGAAAGAAAAAAAAGGCUAUAAUAUAUUUUGAAAUUUGUUUGCAAUAAAAAUUAUCCUGGCUUAAUGGACAUGCAAAAAGAGUUUUUGAGUGUCUUAUUCUUAUUA